CCACGCAGUGUCUGCCAAUGGAGAACCCGUAGAGGACCCCAUGGAAGUGAUCAUCAAAGUCAGCGACCAGAACGACAACCGGCCCCAGUUCACCCAGCCUGUCUUCUACGGAGCAGUGCAAGAAGGAGCCCCGCCAGGGACCACCGUGGUGCAGGUCUCGGCCACUGACUCAGACGACGCUGUGAAUACCUACAACGGGGUGGUCUCCUAUUCCAUCCUCAGCCAAGCCCCUCCAGAGCCCCACCCCCAGAUGUUCACCAUCAACAGCGAGACGGGCAUGAUUAGCGUGGUCGUAUCUGGGCUGGACAGAGAGAAAUUCCCCAGGUACACGCUGGUCCUCCAAGCUGCGGACAUGCAGGGACAAGGCUUAACCACUACAGGGACAGCCGUGAUCACUGUUGGUGAUGUGAAUGACAACCCUCCGAUUCCCCCCCCAGCCACGACUCCCGGCCAAGAUGGGACUCCCCACCCUGCGCUGACGGUCCACGCGCUGAACGUCCUCACCGGCCUCCCCGCGAGCGGCCUGGCCAUGCGCUGCUUCUUCCAGCGCCAGGAUCCUCACCAGCCGUGGACCCCCAUCACUCAGAGCACUACGGACCGCAGCGGGCGCUGGGGCCAGACUGCCGCGAUGCCCAGGAGGUUGGAGCCGGGCACCUACAAGCUGCGCUUUGAAACCGGGGCUUACUGGCGGGAGCAGGGCCACCGCAGCUUCUACCCCUAUGUGGAAAUCGUCUUCACCGUCACCGAAGCGGAACAGAAGGUCCACAUCCCUCUGCUGCUCAGCCCCUACUCCUACACCACUUACCGGGGGAACUAGCCGAAGGGAGGCCGGGGGAGAGGCAGACACAAGGAUAAUAAAAGGCUUCCC